UCCCGGUACUCGGGUUUCCACGUAAAUUGGUGUGAACUCGUUGUCUCUCUUUUCAAUAUGGUAUCAGAGCGGGACAAUGAAAACACUCUAGAAACCCAAAAAAACCAAACCACUUAUGAAAAUCAAACAGAAUGGACAGCCAUCAAUUUUAGUGCUACCGUAGCUGUUGCCGUCGAUGCUCGGAUGAGUGCUGCCAUGGACGAAUUAUUAAGCCGGCUACAGAAAACGUCUGAAAAUAAUUUUUCGUCAUUACCGCAGUCGUCCGCGCCGUCACCGGACCACCACGCGCGCGCCACCAGACCGCCACGCGCCUCCGCCGGACCGCCACGCGCCUGGUUUUCUUCCUCAGACGCAGUGUUUUAAAAAGCGCCCUAAGGCGCGCGCCUAGGCUCAAGGCGCCCACUUGGGGCUUAUUUGUGAGGAGGCGCAGCGAAUUAUAAAAGGCCCAUAUUAGGCGCGCGCCUCCCUUGAGGCGCGCCUAGGCGCAAGUCGAAUUAGGCGUGGGCUUUUUUUUUAUAAGUUAUGGGCUGGGCUUUAAUUAUAAAAAACUAUUAUUAUCUAGGUUUUUUAAACCUAUUACGUAAACGUGAAGAAAGAACCCUCUCCUUUCGCGCGUGAAGUUUCUUCAACACGACUCUUCAUCUACUUCUUCAGUUCUUCGUCUUCCGUUCUGCUUCUACUUCAAAAAAAUUUUGCUUCCUUUUCCACCCUUCCGUUCCGGCCACCCUUCUUCUUCACACAAAACGGGUGCUGCGGCUGCCAUUACUCUGUUUUUUGGUGCAAAAACAGAGGAAAAGAGAAGACAAUAAUAUUCUGUGCUACAGUGCUAGUGCUUCAGUUUUCGCCUCCUCCAUCUCAGCUUUAUCACGGGUGAGUAUCUCAAUCGUUCAGUUAACAUCUGCAUUGCUUUCUCCUUCUUCUGUAACUCUUUGACAAGAACAUCAAACUCCAUUGUUUUCUGUUUUCAUAGCAUGGUAUACCCAUUGAGUUAGAAAAAACUCUCUAAAGUCUACAUCUUCUUCUUCUUAUACUUCUCGACUUCAACUUCCUUCGAUAACCCAUCAAACUCAACCUUCAUCCCAUCCAUCUCACAACACACUCCCCUCCAAUCCUCCAUUUAUAACAACUUCAUCCCAUCCAUAGAUAGCUUCUGUUUUUUUUUUUUUUAAUAACAACUGCUGUUUUAAAUAGUUUCUGUUUUUUUUUUUUUUAUAACUUAGAUCAUAGAUGGCUGAUGAAAGUUCGAGAAAAGAUCCGGCAUGGAAAUAUGGUCAAUUGCAAAAUGACCAAAAUAUAAAUACGUUUGUCUGUGGAUUUUGUUCGAAAGUAACAAAAGGAGGGGUAUAUAGAAUGAAACAACACCUCGUUGGUGGUUAUAGAAAUGUCACCGCCUGUACAAAAUGUCCGGAUCACGUGAAGGAAGAAAUUAAAGAGUACAUGUCCAAGAAAAAAGAUAUUAAAGAACAAAGAAAUCUGAUUGUGGACAUUGAUGUAGAAGAUUACGAUAUUGAGGAUGAAGAUGAAGGGAGUGUUAGUGUAAACAACAAAGCAACACCAAGGGGCCCGAGCUUGAAGAAGCCAAGGCAAAAGGGUCCAAUGGAUGCAUUUUUUACUCCUAACCCAGAAACUGUGGUUCAAAAUAGAAAGGACAAAGGAAAACAAACUUCAUUGAAUGCGACAUACAAGAAGGAAAUGAGAGAGCACACCAUCCAAAGAAUUGCUCGAUGGUUUUAUGAUGCAGGAGUGCCUCUGAAUGCUUGCACAUAUGAAAGUUUUGCCCCUAUGAUUGAGUCAAUUGGGCAAUUCGGUCCUGGAUUGAAACCACCAUCUUAUCAUGAGUUAAGAGUUCCAUGUUUGAAGAAGGAAUUAGAAGCAACAAAUGAGUUGAUGAGUAACCAUAAGGUAGAGUGGGCCAAGGUUGGAUGCACUGUUAUGGCUGAUGGAUGGACCGAUAGAAGAAAUAGGACAUUAAUUAACUUUUUAGUUAAUAGUCCUAAAGGCACCAUGUUUAUUGAGUCCAUCGAUGCUUCAUUUUAUGUGAAAGAUGGAAAGAAGAUGUUCGAGUUACUUGAUAAUUUUGUAGACCAAAUUGGAGAAGCGAAUGUUGUACAAGUAGUUACCGAUAGUGCCUCAGCAAAUGUGAUGGCAGGGAGAUUGUUAGAAGCAAAACGACCACAGUUAAUAUGGUCUCCGUGUGCCGCUCAUUGCUUAGAUUUGAUGUUGGAGGAUAUAUACAAGAUCUCGAAUAUUCGCAAAGCAUUGAAAAGAGGCAUAGAGAUUAGCAAUUUCAUAUACGUUCAUCCUGGAUUGUUAAACAUGAUGCGACGUUUUACUAACCAAAAGGAGUUAGUUAGACCAGCUAAGACUCGUUUUGCUACUGCUUGCAUUACAUUAUCGAGUAUACAUCGUCAAAAGAAUAAUCUGAGGAAGAUGUUUACUUCAGAUGAAUGGAAGAAUAGCAAAUGGAGUAAGGAGCAACAAGGGAAACGAGUAGUUCAGACUAUUUUGUUGGCUAGUUUUUGGACUACAAUUGUUUUCGCUCUUAAAGUAUCUGGCCCACUAGUCCGAGUUCUUAGAUUGGUUGAUGGCGAGAAGAAGCCACCUAUGGGAUAUAUUUAUGAGGCCAUGGAUAGAGCUAAGGAAGCUAUUGCUAAAUCCUUUAAUAAUAAUGAAGAAAAAUACAAGGACAUUUUCACCAUAAUUGAUAAAAGAUGGGAGCUUCAGUUGCAUCGUCCUCUGCAUGCAGCGGGGUAUUAUUUAAACCUGUCAUUCUAUUAUUCGAAUCCUAAUAUCCAGGAGGAUGAUGAAAUAGUUAAUGGACUCUACUCAUGCAUAACAAAAAUGGUUGCUUCAUUGGAAGUACAAGACAAAAUACUUGCAGAACUAAGCAAGUAUAAGAGGGCUGAAGCAUUAUUCGGACAACCUUUAGCAAUCAGACAAAGGGACAAAAUAUCUCCAGUGGAAUGGUGGGAUAAUUUUGGACAAUCAACUCCAAACUUGCAAAAGUUUGAUGUGAGAAUUUUAGGUCUUACUUGUAGUGCUUCUGGAUGCGAGCGUAAUUGGAGUGUGUUUGAACAGCUUCAUAGCAAGAAACGAAAUAGGCUUGCUCAAAGUCGUUUGAAUGAUCUAGUGUUCAUCAAAUACAACAGAGCAUUAAAACGUCGAUACAACCUACGAGAUAUUGUCGACCCCAUCUCCUUAAAAGAUAUUGAUGAUAGUAAUGAAUGGUUGAUUGGAAGAUUGGAUGACGAUUCUGAGGAGGAUGAUGAGUUGGUAUUUAAUGAUGAUUCUUUAACGUGGGGUGAUGUUUCUAGAGCUGUCGGAGCAAAAGAACCAUCAUUCUAUUCUAGAGCUAGUACCUCUAGACCAAAGACUAUUGUUUCAUGUUCAUCCUCGUCUACCACGCAACGGAAACAAGUAAAUUUAGAUGACUUCGAUUUGGAAGAAGAAGAUACUGAUGGCUAUAAGUCUAACGAAGGAUUGAAUGAAGACGAGGAUCAAUUUAGUGAUGAUGAGUUUGAUCUUUAGGGAUGAACUUUUAUUUUGGUUAUUGACUUAUUGAAUACUGGGUAGUUUUUUGUUGUGUUUUGUUGUUUAGGCUACUUAUAUUGGGUACCUAUAUUUUAUA